GCACUCAACAGCUCAGGAAGGGGAAGUGCCUGUCUCGGCCACCCGGCCUGUGCAGGGAGAACCAGAACCCUAACCGGGCAGCUCCUAGGCCCCGCCCAUGAGGGGCACCCCCUGGUGGGGCUGGAGUGGGCAGGGGGGGCGGAGACCAGGCAGGCACAGCGCAGGGGGCAGCGGUGGCGGAGGCCUGGUCCCAUGGUCCCCAAAGCCUUUUCUGUCCUGGGCCCGUCCUCAGGGACAGCAGGGGGAGGGGCUGCUCCCUUCCUGUGAGGCCGCAGAUGAGGAACCCGUGACGUCUCCCCGCUCAUCUCCAGCCGGGCUCUGGGCCUGCUGCCCCUCACAGCUGCUCUGCUCCACAGGGACCAUGGGCGGCGGGGCCCAGACCCCAGCCCUCACUGCCCUCCUCUGCCUGGGGCUGUGCCGGGUGCCAGGGGAUGGGGCACAGGCGGGGGCCCUCCCCAAGCCCUCCAUCUGGGCCGACCCAGGCCCCCUGGUCGCCGUGGGGAGCCCUGUGACCCUCUGGUGCCAGGGGUCUCUGCAGGCUGAGGUGUAUCGUGUGUAUAAAGAGGGCAGCCCUCAGCCCUGGGAAGUGCGGGCUCAGCAGGACUCCAGACACAAGGCUGACUUCCCCAUCACCAUGUCCAUGAGCUCCUACCACACAGGGCAGUACCGGUGUGUGUAUCAGACCCCGCUCGGCCCCUCCCAGCCCAGUGACCCCCUGACCCUGGUGGUGACAGGGAUGUUCCCAGGGCCCUCCCUGUCGGCCCAGCCAAGCCUCGUGGUGGCGUCAGGAGGGAACGUGUCCCUCUCGUGUGGCUCAGAUGAGGCGGGCACUGCCCAUCUGCUGAAGGAGGGCGGAGCCGGCCCCCUGCACAGCCCGGAAGCCAGGUUCUCCCGUGGGGCUGGGGUGUGGCAGGCCACCUUCCUCCUGGGCUCCGUGGACAGCACCUACGGGGGCAUCUACAGGUGCUACCGCGCUUACAGCAGCCAGCCCUAUGUGUGGUCCCUGCCCAGUGAGCCCCUGGAGCUUCAGGUCACAGGGAUGUACAGGAAACCCUCCCUGCAGGCCCAGCCGGGGCCCUCGGUGCCCUGGGGAGCAAUGGUGGCCCUGCGCUGUGGCUCUGAGGAGGCGAUGGACACCUUUCUCCUGCACAAGGUGGACUCAGGCGCCCCUCCCCAGCGCCUGCGUGUCCUGGGCUCGGCCACAGCUGCUCAGGCCACCUUCACUCUGGGGCCUGUGACCUCGGCCCACGGGGGCACCUACAGGUGCUACAGCGCCCACAGCACUGACCCCUACCUGUGGUCAUGGCCCAGUGACCCCCUGCAGCUCGAGGUGUCAGGAGGACCGGAGCCCAGCAGCCCCUCGCACCCGCAGCCAGACUCCCCCACUGCCUCAGCGCCCGAGGACCACACCCUGGAGAACCUCAUCCGCAUGGGUAUAGCAGGCUUGGUCCUGCUGGGCAUUGGGCUUCUGCUGGCAGAUGCUUGGUACAGCCACAAGAGGACCCGGGCUGCAGGCCAGCAGUGACCUGGAGAGAGGACAGCCUGGCUGUGGACUUCUGCCCUGUGGCUGUGUCCUGUCCUGCCUGGCUCUCCGGUGGGACAGCGCCACCUGCAGACCGCAUGUAGACCCGCACCCAUCUCCCGCCUUGCUCCACUCUCAUGGAGCCUUUUGCUCUGUUUCUGGUGCAUGCAGUUCCCAGUGCGCAUGCGUGAGAAUCCGCGUUUCCAGCCAAGAACACGGAGCUUGCGCCAAGUAACAGAAUAAACGAGCGAAAUCGGA